AUGUCCAACAAUGAUGCAGAGAAUCCAGAGAUUGAUCUCUCUAGAUUCCAGCUUCUACACGAGGUCUUUCGGCACCGAGCAGCAGACCCUAUCCAAAGACCUCUGAUGGCAUUCCCGAAGUCGGGUUUUGCAGACUACGAAUACUUCACAGGGAGAGUCCUCGACCAUUUUACUGAUACAGCUGCUUGGCAUUACGCAAAGGCGAAUAUACAAACGCCAACGGGUUUGAGCAGAGUAGCUCUCCUCGGUCCCACGAAUCUAGAAUGGGUGGUCUCCUUCUUUGGCCUUUCGCGAGCAGGUUACACCGUCCUAACUUUAUCUCCAAGACUAUCCGCGCCAGCGAUCGUGAAGCUGAUGCAGGAAACGCAUUGUGAAUGCCUCAUCUACCAUGAAUCACCAAAGCUCUUAGCGGUCAUGAUCGAAGUAGUGUCUUUAAUGUCCCUACAGACUCUACCCAUUCUUUCUCGCCACAAUUAUGACACGCCUAAGGGUCCCGCGCCUCCUUUUGAGAGAGACAUUGACGUGGCCGAGGAGAGAAGACGACCAGCUACUAUUUCGCACUCUUCGGGCUCGACGGGUCUGCCAAAGCCGAUUGAAGUCGUGCAUGAGAGAUACACAAUGGCGUAUGCUAUUGGACCUGGAGAUCGCGAUUUCGUGACAUUACCCUUGUAUCACAGCUUUGCACUAUACGUCUGCCCAGCGAGAAUGUAUCAGCGAAAAACGGUCUUCUUUCUGAACCCGCAUUUGCCCCUGACAUGCGAAGGUCUGACAGCAGCCAUACGAGAAGCAAGACCGGGCACUCUAUGCGCAGUCCCAUAUGUCCUAAAGCUGCUUGCGGAGCAAAAGAGUGGCAUUGACGCCCUAAAACAAAUUGAUCAGGUAGUGUUCACAGGCAGCCAAUGUCCCGAUGAUUUGGGUGACCAAUUGGUGGAGAAAGGGGUGAAUCUCGCAACUCUUAUGGGAUCUUCCGAAUGUGGGUUUCUCGGCACCUCCAUAGGUCGGCCCGCCGACGACAAAGCAUGGAAUUACCUUCGUCCGCCGCCAGCACUGAUGAAGGAUAUCUAUCCCAAACCUAUCGCGGCAGACACAUUUGAGUUCGUGUUCCUCAAAAACCACCCUGGACGUAACAUAAGCAAUUCAGAUGAUCCGCCCAACUCUUUCCAUUCUCGGGACAUCUUCACCCCCCACAAAACCAUUCCCGGCGCCUGGAAAUUUUUGGGGAGAAUAGACGACAGAGUCACUUUAAUGAACGGUGAAAAGGUUUUACCGCUGCCUAUUGAAGGUAGCAUCCGCCAACAUAAAAUGGUGAGGGAGGCUGUGGUGUUCGGGAUUGGACGAGUCAUCCCUGGACUGCUGGUUUUCAGGUCGCAAACCGCUAAGGACCUUGGGGACAAAGACUUUAUCGAAACUGUCUGGCCUAUUGUUGAUGCUGCGAAUUGCGUUGCUGAAGGGUUUUCACAAAUAGGAGUGGACAUGAUAGUGCCUAUGCCUGCUGGCGUGUCCAUUCCCUUGACGGAUAAAGGAAGUGUUAUUCGCGCUCAGGUGUACAACGUGUUUGCAAAAGAGAUAGAAGAGGCGUACGUGUGUCAGGAGGGUACAAUUAUCAUGGAUGGUGCUGAGCUCGAAACACACCUGUUGAGUUUGGGCCAGCAAAUUCUUGGCCCACAACUUUCCGAUCCUAAAGACGACCUCUUCACGCUGGGCAUGAACAGUCUGCAAGCCAUACAGAUGCGAGGAUUUAUUCUCCGCGACCUGUACCUCGGCGGCAAUGGUAGGAAACUGAGCCAGAACCUCGUUUUCGAGAACGGCAACAUUGCCAAUCUUGCCAAACAUCUCGAAGAUGUACGCUCAUCCCGGAGCGUCGUAAAGGAGAAGCCGAUCGCUGUGAUGAAGGAUCUUAUCUCAAAGUUCUCGGCGUUCGAGAAACAUAUACCAGGCGCCAACGAGACUUGCAAAACGCAUACUAUUAUCCUUACCGGCGCGACAGGCGGCGUAGGUGCACACAUCCUCUCCCUCCUUCUCAAUCAACCGACCAUCUCACAAAUUUACUGCCUGAUUCGUGGCGCCGAUCCUCUCCCACGACUCCAGAAAUCCUUUCAAGAUAAACGACUUCCACCUCUCAGCUCGCCCAAGCUUCGAAUCCUCGCCUCCGAUCUCAGCGAUCCGCACCUCGGCCUCAGCCCUGCGGACUACACAACUCUCAAGUCAUCAACAACCCACAUCAUCCAUUGCGCCUGGCCCGUAAACUUCCAACUCGGCCUUGCCUCCUUCAUUCCUUCUCUUCACGGCUUGCAAAACUUGAUCCAAUUGUCUCUCUCCGGCACCCUCCCCAUGCCUGCAAGACUCAUCUUCUGCAGCUCCAUCUCCGUUGCACUCGGCACACCUGGUCCCACACGUAUUCCUGAAGCGCCAAUCAAGUCCCUAGAGCAGGUCUCGCUGACGGGGUAUGCGGCUUCAAAACUCGUCGGCGAGCAAAUCGUUCAAGCUGCCGUUGAGAACCAUGGUGCGAGGGCGACGGUUCUGAGGAUUGGACAGGUUGUUGGCGAUACGAAAGCAGGAGUGUGGAAUGAUACCGAAGCCUUUCCGUUGAUUAUCAGAAGCGCAGUCACCAUGGGCGUAUUGCCGGAAAUGGACACGCCAUGUCAGUGGUUGCCUGUCGAUACGCUGGCGGAGGCUGUGCUUGAGGUCGUUAUGUUGAGGGAUGGACAGACGAGCGGAGCGGCAGCUGCAGUCAGUGAGAGGGAAGGGCAGCUAUUCUACAACCUCCGCUCUCCCCAUACCUUCUCGUGGACGCCCGACCUCUGCUCCGCCCUCCACGCAACGGAUUUGUCGGCGUUCGAAAAUAUUACGUUCAAAGAUUGGCUUGACCGACUUCGCAGCUUGUCCGCUGAUACUCACUCCUCCACUGGUGGUAAAACAAGCGAAGCAGCCGAUCCAAACCGCAACCCAGCGAUCAAGCUUGUAGAUUUCUUCGCUGAGAAUUUUGCAGAAAACAAUGCGAACUCGGAGGUCGUAUUUGAGAUUGGUGAGGCUGAGAAAGCGAGUCCAGCGCUCAGGAACGCGCCAAAGGUGACUGAGAGUGGGCUCUUGGGAAAAAUGGUCGAGGUUUGGAUGGAGAGAUGGAUGGGGAAGAGAGACGUGUGA